AUGCACGCGCUGUCUCGCCCCGUCCUCUCGCGCGCGCGGCCGCUGCUGCUGGCGGCGGCGAUGGGGUCGUCGUCGGGGAGGGACCCGAGCGGGCACCCGGCGGUGGGGAGGCUCCGGGAGCUCUUCCGGGGAGGCGGCGACGCGGCGGAUGGCUGGGAGAAGUCCUGGGAAUCUGGAAUAACCCCAUGGGAUUUUGGGAAGCCGACGCCGGUCAUCGAACACCUCGCCAAAUCAGGAACUCUACCGAACGGAAGGGCUUUGGUCCCGGGAUGCGGCAUGGGAUAUGAUGUGGUCUCUCUGGCAAGCCCUGAGCGAUUUGUUGUUGGCUUAGAAAUUUCUAAUAUAGCUACCGAGAAAGCUAAGCAGUGGUCAUCAUCUUUGCCAAAUGCAGAUCGGUUUACAUUUCUAGUUGCUGAUUUCUUCAAGUGGAAACCAAGUGAACCAUUUGACCUUAUUUUCGACUAUAUGUUCUUUUGUGCACUCGAUCCAAGCUUGAGGCUGGCUUGGGCAGAGACAGUUAGUCGCCUUCUGAAACCAGAUGGAGAGCUUAUCACCUUGAUAUAUUUGAUCAGUGAUCAAGAAGGGGGGCCACCAUACAAUAAUACAGUUGCUGACUAUCAGAAGGUACUGGAACCAUUGGGUUUCAAGGCUGUUAGUAUGGAAGACAAUGAGCUCGCUAUUAAACCGCGCAAGGGUUACGAGAAACUUGGAAGGUGGAAGAGGUGCUGUGGGCCGCAAUCUUCUCUAUGAGAAUAGAUGAAGCACUUGUUUACACUUCGUACACAUUGUUCUGUGUUCAGUUGGUGAUGUGCAGCUCUGAAAAACAUGGGUCCCGGUACAACAAAUUCUCGGAUGUAAACUCGUGCACGGAGUAACAUUCAUUGUUUCCAGGGAGAUAAACCGGUUAAUGUGAAAUUUCCCAAUAAGUCUGUGUGGCUAGAUACUAUGCUUAUUUUAAAUAUGCUGCAAGCUUAUCGUUUCUGCCGUACCA